AUGAAAGCGAAAGUAAACAUGGGGACAUGGAAUGUCCGCACGAUGUUUGAGCCCAGCAAGGCAGCCCAGAUUGCAAACGAGAUGAAGAGGUAUCACACUGAAGUGCUUGGAAUUUGCGAAAGCAGAUGGAGUGGAAGUGGACUUUCCAAACUGUCAACUGGAGAGGAGUCAAUAAUCUACUCCGAUACUGUCACCCAGACGACAACCACGAACACUGAGUUUUGGAGUGGCUAUCAUGAUAUCCCCAACAGCAUCGAAGGCCCUCAUGCAGUGUGAACCAAUCUCCUCCAGCAUAAGGAUCAUGACAGCAAGGUUGAACUCAAAAGGAAGGAAGGUCACAAUCAUACAAUGUUACUCUGAGCACCUACAAAUAAUGCAGAGCAA